AUGGCCUUAAAACAAUGUAACUUUAAGCAAGCUAUUGAUGUGAUUGAUAAGAAUUUUCGUAAUUCCUUAGAUAAACAAAAGCUAAAAAAAGAGCACUCCCACAGCAAAGACAAACUAUCGACAAAUCCUGCACAGGCCUUAUCGAGACAAAGACAAAAACACUCUACCAUAAAAGUAGACACUGGAGUGAACAUCCAUAUCAGAAAGGCUCUAGAAUACAAGCACUUUAUUUCUGGAACUAUGAAUUAUGAACAAUUUUCGGGAAAGUGUAGAAAAAGAAAGCUCACAAUUGCAAAGGCACUCGACGUCAUUUUUAAAGAUGUUAACAGUAAUAGGGAUGAAAAUUAUAUUAAUUCUGUCGUCUUUGGUGUUGAAGAACUAAAUAAUUUUUUAGCUUUGGAUCAACAUAAAAGAAAAACAUAUAUAGUAUUAUAUGUAUGGACGUUAAAAUAA